AUGGAGAAGUUGAGGCUGAAAAUGAGAACAUCAAGUGGAUACUACGCAAAAUCAUCGACUAUUACAACUAUUGGCAUUAAAAGUUACCCUUUGCUUUGCUGGGAUAUCAUUCUACCAUCACAACUUCUACUGGGGCUAUGCCUUAUUUUGUUGGUAGAUGGUAAUGAGGCUGUAAUACAUGCUGAAGUGGAGAUAUCAUCUCUGAGAAUCAUUCAAGAGGCGGAGUUGAGCGAUGCCAGAUGGGUACAAGUUCGAUCGGAGAAUUUUGCAUUAAUUGAUGCAAGAAGGAUUAAUAUCGUCUGUCAUGGGCAAUUGUAUCAAAAUAGAAUGGCCAGAGCUUUCAACAAGAAAGUUAGGCCCAAACAUUUCUCACCUGGGCAACUGAUUUUGAAGUGGAUCUUUCCAAAUCAAGAUGAGGCAAAGGGAAAAUUCUCACCAAACUGGCAAGGUCCAUAUAUAGUCUCUCGGGUGUUAACAAGAGGAGCACUCAUAUUGGCAGAAAUGAAUAGUGAAAUUGGGCUGAAACCUAUCAAUACAAAUGUUGUGAAGAGAUACUACAUCUAA